CAGCGGGAGCGGCGGCGGCGGCGGCGGCGGCGGCCGCCGGCGGCGGGAGGCGGAGGAGGAUGAGGCUGCGGAUCUACAAGCGCAAGGUGCUGCUGCUGGCGCUGGCGCUGGCGGCCUGCGCGCUGGUGCUGUGGAGCGGCGGGCGGCGGAGGCAGCAGCGGGGCGGCACCGGGGAACCGCCGCGGGCGAGCGAGCCGCCGCCGCCUCCUCCUCCGCCGCCGCCGCGCCGCCCCGCCGCCAACGCCUCGGCCUCGGCCGCCGCCGUCCCCCAGCUCGUGCCGCUGCCCGCCGAGAACGGGACGCGGAGCUACCGCUCGCUCGUCUACCGGCUCAACUUCGACCAGCCGCUGAGCAACGCGGGGCGCUUCCCGGCCCGGGCCCCCGGUGGCGGUGCCGGUGCCGCCGACGUGGUGCUGGUGGUGCAGGUGCACGAUCGCGCCGAGCACCUGCGGCUGCUGCUCGAGUCGCUGCGGCGGGCGGCGGGCGUGGAGAACGUGCUGCUGGUGCUGAGCCACGACCUGUGGGCCGAGGAGCUGAACCGGCUGGCGGCCGGCGUGGACUUCUGCCCGGUGCUGCAGGUCUUCUUCCCCUUCAGCAUCCAGCUCUACCCCCGCGAGUUCCCCGGGCACGACCCCCGCGACUGCCCCCGCGACGUGGGCAAGGCGGCGGCCCUGCGGCUGGGCUGCAUCAACGCCGAGUACCCCGACUCCUUCGGGCACUACCGCGAGGCCCGCUUCUCGCAGACCAAGCACCACUGGUGGUGGAAGCUGCACUUCGUCUGGGAGCGGGUGCGGGCGCUGCGCGAGCACGCCGGGCCCGUCGUCUUCCUGGAGGAGGACCACUACCUGGCGCCCGACUUCUACCACGUCCUCAAAAAGCUGUGGGCGCUGCGCGAGCACGAGUGCCCCGAGUGCCAGAUCGUCUCGCUGGGCACCUACAGCCCCGUGCGCGGCGGCUUCGCCGGCCGCGCCGACAAGGUGGAGAUGAAGACGUGGAAGUCCACCGAGCACAACAUGGGCAUGGCCUUCGGCAGAGACACCUACCAGAAGCUCAUCGAGUGCACGGACGCCUUCUGCACCUACGAUGACUACAACUGGGACUGGACUCUGCAGCACUUGACUGUCUCCUGUCUUCCAAAGUUCUGGAAAGUGCUGGUCCCCGAAAUCCCCAGGAUUUUCCACACGGGGGACUGUGGCAUGCACCACAAGAAAUCCUGCAGACCGUCCACCCAGAGUGCCAAAAUCGACUCUCUCUUGAACAGCAACCGACAGUACCUGUUCCCCGAAGCCAUGAGUAUCAGUAAAAGGUACUCCAUGGCACCCCUGUCCCCCCACGUGAAAAAUGGAGGCUGGGGGGACAUUCGGGACCACGAACUCUGUAAGAGUUACCGCAGACUUCAGUGAGGAUCGCGCUCGCAGCCUUUUUCUUUCUGAAUUGCUCCAUACUGUCUUUUACAGGCACACACAUGUAUAAAAGCAUUUAUGGGUUGGUUUCUGCUUUAAUAUGAAUAAACGUUCUUGUAAAAGGCG